CACUCAUUCCCUACCACCUUACACAACAACCACUAAACCACAAUGGCUAGAGUUAGUAGCAACUGUACUAGUGGUGCUAAGCAUCUUCUUGCUCUUUCCCUUGCUCUCCUCCUCCUUUGCGUCGGCGUCACCUCCGCCGCCAGAUCCCUUGUUGGGUUUGCGAGCGGUGGAGGUGGCGGCGGUGGCCAUGGCGGUGGCGGUGGCGGUGGAUAUAACGGUGGUGGUUACGGGUCCGGGUACGGUGAGGGGUACGGUGAGGGGGGUGGCGUAGGGCCCGGUGUAGGGCGUGGAAUGGGAGGAGGUGGCGGUGGCGGCGGCGGCGAAGGUGGCGGCGGCGGCUACAAUGGUGGUUCGGGGUACGGCUCUGGAUACGGUUCUGGGUACGGUGAGGGAGGCGGCGUAGGGAUUGGAGGAGAGUACGGAAGGGGAGAAGGCGGAGGCGGCGGGGGCGGCGGUGGGGAAGGUGGCGGUGUGGGCUCCGGUUACGGCUCCGGUCAUGGCUACGGAUCGGGCUACGGGUCCGGCGUGGGCGGGGCGCAGGGCGGUGGUUACGGAAGCGGAGGAGGCGGUGGCGGUGGCAGUGGCGGCGGCGGCGGUGGCGGCCCCGGUGGUGGCUUCGGAAGUGGAAGUGGAUCGGGAUACGGGAGCGGCGAAGGCGGUGGCAGCGUGCACGGCGGAGGAUAUGGAACUGGAGGCGGCGGCGGCGGAGGCGGGGGAAUGGGCGGCGGCGGCGGCGCAGGGUCUGGGUAUGGUUCUGGGUAUGGGUCUGGAUAUGGAAGUGGUGGGGGAGGAGGACACUACUGAGUUAGUUCGUAUAGCUCAAAAUAAGGUUCUACUUUACAUAUAUAGCAUGGAGGAGAAGGUCUGUUUAAGAAGAGAAUGUGAAACCUAGGGUGAACUAUAUAUAUAUAUAUACAUGUAUGUGAAAUUAUAAAGAUGUAUGUGGUUUGCGGUGUGUGUUAUCUUAAUUAGAAAUGUAAUAAGGGAAUCUGCAGGCUUUAAAUAAAGAAAUGGAGACUUAAUUAUAUAUAUAAAUUAA